ACUAUUCCUACACUGUCUCUCUCUCUCCUCACACACACACAUACACACUGAGCUGAGCUUGAAGAAAAUGUCAAGAAGCAGAAGAGUUUCAGUUUCUUCCAUUAUUGGACCAAGAAUUGCUCAUAAUUGUCAACAAGGUACAAUAUUUCCCUCUUUUUUAUUUGUUGUGUUUGGUUGUUUUCUCUCUACUACCCAAAACCCUAGUUCUCCUUCUUCUCCUCCUCAACCUAAAAAUUUACACACACACCGAAGCAAUUCGCGGCAAAAUGAUCUCGAAGAUGCUGUAAAUUGGUUCAAUUGCAUGCUCCAAAUGCGACCUUUGCCCUCCAUUUCUCAAUUCAAUAAAGCUUUAGGAACUAUUACGAGAAUGGGUCAUCACGCCUUUGCUCUUUCUCUUAUUCACAAAUUGCACUUCUUCAUUGGCAUUCAGGUGGAUAUUUACACCUUCAACAUUGCUAUUAACUGUUACUGCCGCCUCAAUCGAGUCGAUUUUGGGUUGUCUCUUUUAGGUUCCCUCUUCAAACGCGGUUUUACACCUGAUGCAUUUACCUUCAACACUUUGUUAAAUGGACUUAUUUUGGUAGAUAAAACCCCUGCAGCUGUGGACUUAUUUAAGAAAUUAAUGAGAAUGAGAGAAAUUGAACCCGACGUGGUUAUGUAUGGAACCAUUGUUAAUGGGCUUUGUAGAACGGGGAACACUAUCAGGGCUGUUAGUUUGCUUAGGAUAAUGGAAGAGGGAAGUUGUAAACCUGACACCAUAGUGUAUACCACGAUUAUUGAUAGUCUUUGCAAGGAUAGAAUGGUGGAUGAUGCUAUGAAACUCUUUUCUAAGAUGAAUGAACAAGGCAUUCAUCGAGAUGUUGUCAUUUAUACCUCUUUGAUUCAUGGCCUAUGUAAUUUCGGUCGGUGGAAAGAGGCUACCGAAAUGUUAAAAGAAAUGUUGAAUAGCGGUAUAGCUCCAAAUGUUCAUAUGUAUAAUGUGUUGGUGGAUGCACUUAUCAAGGAAGGGAUGGCGAAAGAGGCUGAGGAGUUUUUUGAUGUCAUGACACAAAGAGGUGUGGAUCCUGAUGUAGUCACAUAUAAUACUCUAAUGAAUGGAUAUUGUUUACAUGGCCACAUAGAUGAAGCAAUGAGAGUGUUCAACAACAUGGUGGACAAGGGCCUUCACCGUAAUGUUUUUAGCUAUACCAUUCUAAUCAACGGAUAUUGCAAGAAGAUGAAAAUAGAUGAGGCCAUGCAUCUCCUCCGAGAAAUGCCUCGAAGGGGGUUGAAACCUGACACUAAAACUUUCAGUGCUAUGUUACAGGGUUUGUUUCAAUUAGGUAGAUGUGGUGCUGCUCAAGAACUUUUUAGUCAGAUGCAAGUUGCGGGCCUAAUACCAAAUGCCAUGACUUAUUGUAUCAUGUUGGAUGGGCUAUGCAAAAACGGGCAUAUUUCUGAAGCAUUGUCAUUAUUCCACAUGAUGGAAAGCAACGAUUUAGAUCUUGAUGUUGCUAUUCAUAAUGUUCUCAUUAAUGCAUUCUGCAAGGAUAAAAAACUUGAUACCGCAAAGGCCCUUUUCUAUAACCUUUCUUCCAAGGGAUUACAUCCUGAUGUUAAGACAUACACUAUGAUGAUACAAGGCCUUUGUGAACAAGGCCUACUAGACGAAGCCAAAGAGUUGUUUGUGAAAAUGGAACAGAAUGGUUGUUUGCCAAAUGAUGUAACUUACAACAUUGUCAUCCAAGGAUUUCUUGGGCAACAGAAGUACCAUGAGGCGUCUAUACUCCUUAAGGAAAUGAUUGGAAUGGGGUUUUCAGCAAAUGCAUCUACUUCUUCCUUGAUUGUAGAUCUAAUCACAACUAAAGGACAAGAUCCCACUCUUCGAGAAGUGAUAAAGAAGUUCAUGCCAAAAGAUAGUCAUGGAAUGCAUGAUAUUGAGUAAAUUUCUUAAUUGUGAAGGGACUUUGUUAAAGGAUCCAGGUGCUAAUUAUUGAGAUUAUUCAAAUCCUUGAUGGAGUUGUAAAGGCUGUAUCAUCUCGGACUGGGAAGGAUUUCUUGUGUAAUCAAGGAAUUUGCGAAGAGGAUAGGUUCAGAGAUUGAAGCCAAGUUCUUGUCAAUUUUGUGUGCUAUUAGAAAAAAUCCAUGUAUGUGGAAAAUUGAUCUCUCUUUUUGUGCCGAGGUGACCUGUCUCCACGAAAAAGGGAAAAUGGCAAGAAGAAAAAGUACAGGCUUACCCUGUUGAUCAACCAACGACAAACUCUGAAAAUCACUUCUUUCACUUGAUUCUUCAAGAGAUAGUUGUAAUGUCCUUAAGAACAUCCUACAGUGCAUGGGUAGGUUCAGGUAAGAGAGGUGAAAUUGAUGUUUCCCGGUUGAUGUUCAUAGAAGCUUUAUGGCAACAUCCUUCAACAGCUGUGUCUUGUAAAGAAAUGUUCCCCGGUUUAUACACAAAUAGGAGAACAAGGAUGGAUACUAAACUAAUUGACUGUCAAUCAGAGGGUGCAUGGGAGUAACUCAGACCUUUUGCAUUUGCAAUGAUUCUAUAUGUAACUAUUUUCCUUGGUAGAAACAUGUACUUAGCAUUCUUACAAUUUCUGUACCCACUGAGCUUUGAACCACUCAGUUUACCAGGCAUAGCAUUACAAGUUUCUUUUUUCUAAACUGUUUGCAGCAAAUUAUGGUCUCUGAAAUACUGGCUGGUGAUUCUUUUUCUUUUGUUUUUGAUGAGAGAUUGCUUAUAAGAUUUUUUUCGUUUUUUUUUUUAAUGAAUUUGUUGUCAAUUUAGAUUUUUAAAAUUGGUGA